UAUUUUUAAAAAUACAUUAUUAUUGCAAAUUAACUUGAUAUUAUAGGUUGCUAUUCCAUUAUUUAGUUUAUUGCAUCAAAUUUACUAUGAAAAGCUACUUGUUGGUAUAGGCAGAAUGGAAGCAAGUUGUUGUCAGGGAAGUUUAAUUAAAGUUCCUCACAAAUAGGGUAAAAUCAUUUAUUUUUUUUUCUGCUAUAUAUAAGUUGUAUAGUCUGUCUAAAACACAAGUGCAUUAAUACAACGAACGCAAACUUUGCUCCUAGGUCACGGGUACAAAUCCAAUAUGUGACAUAGACCUUUUUUUCUCUCCUAAUAUCUUUAUAUGAUAAUUAGACAAAGUUCACACACUAUUUAUGAAAUUAAUCCUUUACUAAUGGCUUCUAGAUUUCAAGGACAUCAUACUAUCAAAGUCAUGGAAUUAUUUUCAGCGAGAAGUAGAGGCAGAAGAAAUGGAGAGAAAUAAAAGCACCAUUAUGUCAAUGGGACCAUGUUCAAUGUGACUUUAUGGACCAAACUUUCUAUUUGUCCUUCAUGGACUAAAUUAUAUGUCUGUCAACAACCUCAAACUCAAAAUCUUAGUAUUUUUUAGAGUGAUAAUGUGAUACCACUAACAAACAAUUUCAUUUGUUGUGGUUGGUGAAGGAAUGAUUAACGAAUUCCAUGUAAAAAAAAGUUUUAACUUGCUUUAUAUCAAACUUUUUCCACUUCAAUUUAUUUAUUUUCAGUGUUUUUUUUUAAAAUAUAUGUAUUUCUUUUACGAUUUUGCUCUAUAAUUUGAUAUUUUAUGGUCAUUUUUUUUUAUUUUGCAAUAUUUUUUUUGAAUAACUCUACUUUUUGAGUCGAGAAUGUAUCGAAAUCAACUUCUAUACUCCAUAAAGAUAGGGUAAGGUCCAUCUACAUCUUUCCAAACCUAACUUGUGGAAUAAUGUUGAAUAUAUUGUUAUUGUGUAAGUUUGAUAUUAUAAAAUUAAAGGAUAUAUGUAUUCUAUGUAUUUGUGAUGUUGUCCAAUUUCAAGUAUAUCCAAAAAUUAAAAGUAUACGGGAUGCAUCUGCAAUUAUGACAAACUAGUAGGGACAUUAGAGCAAUUAACGCGACUUGCCGGUUCGUUAAAAUAGCGGGUAAAUAUUUGGGUUUCGGGUUUAGAAUGGAAAUGGCGGGUUGGGCAUCUCUUCCAUCCAAUCCCAAGUAUCCACACACACUAUCCAUAUGGGGUCCCACAAGCUGCCACGUCAUCACCAACGCCGCCGCUCUCCGCCUCGGCAACUUCCUCCACCGCCGUCUUCAUUCGUCCAUCGUCAAGCAUAUUCUUUUUCAUGUUCAUGGGCCUAAAUUGAAGGAUGCAUGGCAUAAAUGGGCCACCCUUCAUGUUACUGGAUUCAAUAUCCUUCAAUGGUCACAGGAUGUCUUCUCUGCCGAAGACAUGAGCUUAUUAUUGUUCUUCAGUGCUGAUGAUAGUAGAAGGAAAUUCAAAAAAUUUCAGAAGUCAUACUCAAAGUCAUCUAGAUCAUUCUUUUCCAGUGAAAGGAAAUGGACCAACAUAUUCCUUGCACUUAACAUAUUGGUAUAUAUUGCACAAGUUGCAACUGACGGCAAGCUUUUAUUUUGGGGAGCUAAGAUUAACAGUCUUAUUGAUAAAGGGCAACUAUGGAGGCUGAUUACUUCGUCAUUCUUGCAUACAAACAUAGUGCAUCUCAUGGUCAAUUGCUAUUCCUUGAAUUCUGUUGGGCCUGGUGUUGAAAAAGUUAGUGGCCCUAGAAGAUAUGUUGCUCUGUACUUGACGUCUGCAAUAGCAAGUUCAGCUAUGAGUUACUGGCUUAGUAAGGCACCUGCAGUUGGUGCCUCGGGAGCAAUUUUUGGAUUAGUUGGAUCUUUUGCUGUGUUUGUUUUGAGGCAUAGAGGGAUGGUCAAAGGCACUGAGGGAGAUCUUCGAUACAUAGCUAAUGUGAUUGUUCUAAAUAUGCUUGGAGGUUUAGUAGGAGGAGCUGCUUUAUCAUGGCUUCUUGGCCCAGCAUGGAAGAUUCAAUCCAUCUCCAAUGAAGGACAACGAGUUUUUGCUGACACGGCACCAAUUUUCUCUCUCAUUCGAACUAAAAGGAACAAGUCAUAAUCCCUACUAUUCAACUGCUAGUGUGCCGGCUGACAUGACUCGAGCCUCGAGCACCUGCAGUUUUACUGAUUUUCCAAUACAAAUGCAAAUGUGGCAUCUGUAUAUUCAUACACUUGUGGUUGAUUAAUGAUCCACAGUUCACAGGUCUGUGCUGUGUAUAGUUUGCGUUUCUUUGUACAGAGAAUAUGUGACCAGAAAAAACUGUAAGGAGCAAAUUACAGGUCAUACAUCUUUUUGCCUUACGCUCAUUUACUGCUGAUGCAGACUUGAUAGGCUGCUGUACCGCACACGUCAGUUUAUCUUCAUUAUUUGGGUUUCCAGCAGAUUUAAGAGGUUCUUGAUUAUCUGAUUUGGGUGGUGCUGUUGGUCUGUAUCUAAUGCACACUUCACUUUAUGCUUGUCUGGCCCAUAGUGAAAUAAUCAUCCAGUUGAUGAAUGUUGUAGCACUUACUUUUUUAUUCAAAUUUUAGUAUCAUUUGUUGUUA